AUACGGCAAAAUCAAACACGUUCUCUAUGACGUAACUAACUGAGAAUUGACUUAAAGUUUGGAUGAGGAGAACAUCAGCCUAUUAACCUAACAACCUCUAACUUUCUUCUGUUGUGGCUUGAUCUUGAUCUAUUUAGUGGAAAUUAGAAAUUUCCACUGAAAAAUAAAUUAAAAAUGGACAAUAUUUCUGCAUUAACGGGAUCCCAAAAAGAUGAGCUCAUGGACCAAGUGAAACAGCAAAUUGCUGUGGCUAAUGCUCAGGAACUUCUAACAAAAAUGACUGAAAAAUGUUUCAAAAAAUGUAUAUCCAAACCAGGAACCUCCUUAGAUAGUUCAGAACAAAAAUGUGUAGCUAUGUGUAUGGAUAGGUAUAUGGACUCUUGGAAUUUAGUUUCAAAAGCAUAUGGAAUCAGAAUCCAGAGGGAGAGGGGUCGCAUGUGAAAAUAAAUUGAAUAGUACAUUUAUUUGAUGUAAUUGAAGGAGUAUGCUGCUAGUUCAACGUUUUGUCAGUUGUAGUCGAACACAUUUUCAAUUAAAUUUUUGUUACAAACGA